AUGUACAAGGCUAUCAUCCUGCCGACGCUGCUGUACGGAGCGGAGACUUGGACAGUAUUCACAAAGCAGGCACGUCGACUGAACCACUUUCACCUCAGUUGUCUCCGUCACAUCCUGAGGCUGAACUGGCAGGAUCGCAUCCUCGACACUGAUGUGCUGGAACGGACGGAAAUCCUCAGCAUCUACGCCAUGCUGAGACAAAUGCAGCUGCGCUGGAGCGGCCACCUGGUGCGCAUGGACGAUGAGCGACUACCCAAACGACUCUUCUACGGAGACGUCGCGACGGGCUCUCGUCGUCAAGGAGGCCAAAUUCGUCGAUACAAGGAUACUCUGAAGUCCUCCCUGAAGCAUCUGCAAAUUAACCCGACCAACUAG